UGUGUUUGCUCGCUUUCGACCAGAAAUUAAAUAAACAAAUUAAAUCAAUAAAAGAAUUGUUUCAACUUUGGAUUAAUUAAGAAACGAAAUAAAUUAAAAAAAAAAAACAACCAAAAAUGAAACUUCUCUUGAUAACAUUCGCUAUAAUUGGCUUUGCUGCCGCUGCUCAAUUACCUGACUCCGCAACACAAGGACCAAAUCCACAAGAUAUUGCUACACCAGAACCUGAAUAUAUUGAUAUUGAUCUACCAGAGCCACCACGCCCUGCUGCACCCGCACCAGCUCCAGUACAACAUAGCAGCUUUGUGUCCGUUCCACAUCCAGUUCAACGUCCCGUUGUAGCCGCUUCCUCAGCCUCAUUUGCACGUGCACCACAACAAAUUUACUUGCCUCCUCAAGCUUCCUACCAAGCUCCAGUGCAAGUACCCGGACAUAGUUACAGCAGAAACAGUGGUUACCAAUAUAGACGCCCCGUAUAUGUCAGACGUGUCUACUAUCGUCGUCGUUACUAGAUUAAUUAUAUAUUUGGCUAAAAAUAGAAAAUUAUGUAUAUAGGUUGGAAAAGCAUUUAAAGAACUCUUAAAUUUACACACAUACAUACAAACACAUACAUAAAUACAAAUAUUUUCCACACAUGACCACAAUAUUCACACACCCAUGCCUCAACUAUCAAAUGGCAAAUCAGCUGAAUUUUUUUAAAUGGAGUCUGUAAUUUAAUUAAGCGAA